GAGAGACGACCAAGAGGUCGCAGAAGAGGUAGGAAAUGUGGCCGAGGCCAUAAAGGAGAAAGGCAAAGAGGAACCCGGCCCAGGCUGGGCUUUGAGGGAGGCCAGACACCGUUUUACCUCCGAAUCCCCAAAUACGGAUUUAAUGAAGGACAUAGCUUCAGACGUCAGUACCAGCCUUUGAGUCUGAAGAGACUACAGUAUCUUAUUGACUUGGGUCGAGUUGAUCCUACUGAACCCAUUGACUUAACCCAGCUUGUCAAUGGGAGAGGUGUGACCAUCCAGCCACUUAAAAGGGACUAUGGCGUCCAGCUGGUCGAGGAGGGUGCUGACACCUUUCAGGCGAAAAUCAAUAUCGAGGUACAGUGGGCUUCUGAACUGGCCAUUGCUGCAGUUGAGAAAAACGGCGGUGUGGUCACCACAGCCUUCUAUGACCCGAGAAGUCUGGAAAUUCUUUGCAAACCUGUCCCGUUCUUCCUGCGUGGGCAGCCCAUUCCGAAGCGAAUGCUUCCCCCUGAGGAGCUGGUGCCGUACUACACGGACGCGAAGAACCGCGGUUACCUGGCGGACCCGGCCAAGUUUCCUGAGGCGAGGCUUGAGCUUGCCAGGAAGUACGGCUACGUUCUGCCCGACAUCACCAAAGACGAGCUCUUCAAAAUGCUCAGCGCUCGGAAGGAUCCAAGGCAGAUUUUCUUCGGCCUUGCUCCUGGCUGGGUGGUAAAUAUGGCAGACAAGAAAAUUCUAAAGCCUGUAGACGAGGAGCUCCUCAAAUACUACAGCUCGUGAACUCCCUCCGGGGAAAGUUGGGAGGGGGUUGUGAAGAGCACCGGAGAAGGGCCUGGACCCUGGAUUUGCCAGAUGUGUGCUGCUCGUCCAGGGUUGGUGCUGGCUGUCAGUAUAGUCACAUCCCUUUAAUACGUAUAUUCAUCUAAAGCGAAAAUAAAAGUGCAGCCAGUGAGGACUGCGUAGAGGAGCCAA